UUUCUUGCUUACUUACUUACCAGUAAGCUUCACCGUGAUACACUUUAUGAGUGCUGUGGUGCUGUCCUCCAAGGAGCUAAGGACAAGAAAAGGAAGUUUGUUGAGACCGUUGAGCUCCAAAUCAGUUUAAAGAACUAUGAUCCUCAGAAGGACAAGCGUUUCAGUGGAACCGUGAAGCUUAAGAAUAUACCUCGACCGAAGCUCAAGGUCUGUAUUCUUGGUGAUGCCUCACAUUGUGAUGAGGCCAAGGCAAAUGACAUCCCCUGUAUGGAUGCUGAAGCUUUGAAAAAGUUGAACAAGAACAAGAAACUUGUUAAAAAGCUGGGUGAGUUGUAGAAUUUGAGUCUUACAUAUUAAUUGAACGAGUUGCUGUGACUUUUGUUUUUUUAAUUUGAUAAUUGCAUAGUAUCCUUAAACAUUAAGACUCUUAUGUUGAUGUGUUAAUUUCAGCCAAAAAGUAUGAUGCUUUCCUGGCCUCUGACAGUCUCAUCAGACAGAUUCCUCGUAUCCUGGGACCUGGUUUGAACAAAGCUGGCAAGUUUCCCACAGCAUUGACCCACAAUGACAACAUGGUGCAAAAAGUAGAGGAAGUGCGCUCCACCAUCAAGUUUCAAAUGAAGAAGGUAGGAUCUUCACCAGAAAUAAGGCACAGUGCUCAUGGUAACGCAGUGGUUAAUGUAUACAUAUGAACAGACAAAACACUUCCAAAAUCAGACAACAUCGGUUAUGCAUACGAUCUUGUCAGCUUACAUACAUGUACCUCAAAGGUGGUUCAUUCCCUCAAAAUCCUGUAAACCUAGGGAUUAAUCAUUUGUGGCAAGUGGCUGUUUUUGUUAGCAUUGCAAUCACAGCACUUGCAUGCAAUGAGUCUCAAAAUGUUGUAACUUACAAACACUUUUCAUUUUCAUAUGGAAAUAAUUCAGUAGUUAAAUUAUCCUUUGAGCACUGGUAAGGCCUUAUAUUCUGGAAGACCAGGAAAGUUUUCUGGUCGGACCUGCACCCAGGGUCUUAAAUCUGUGGGGAGACCGUUUGGUCGACAAACAGCAAAUCACACAUUGACUCAGUCACUAUAGCAUAACUGUAAUGCACAGUUAAUGUAUUUGAAAACUGCAAGGAAUUCUAGGGAUGCAAUGGGUAAAGUUCAAUUCAUUUCUGAAAUAUAGAGGUCUUUUUGAUUGGGUGUUCCAAACUAAAACCGUGUAGUCACAGUGGCAAAUCAGAACACAAGAAAAAUAUUAAGGAGCUUUGAUAUUCAAAUUAAAUAAUACAAGCAAACUGGCCACGUCAAAGCAAACUGUGAUUAACCAAAUCAUGGUUAGUUUCCAGUUUAGGAGGAUAGUGGAAGUUUUAGGACAAAUUACAUUUCAGCACUAUGUAAAAGCUAUGCAGUCUUAGAUUUCUUCUCACCAUUUAAUUGAAGACUGUUCUAUGCCAUAUGCUGACUUAUGUUUACAAUUGUACUGAGAUUACUGAUGCCAGCUCUCUUCGCAUUAACUGUUUUACAUUACUGAUGGUCUUUAGGUUCUCUGUCUUGCUGUGGCUAUUGGUCAUAUUGAGAUGUCUGAUGAGGAACUUGCAGCAAAUGUCUAUCUUGCAGUCAAUUUCUUGGUGUCUUUACUGAAGAAGAACUGGCAAAAUGUACGUGCACUCUAUAUCAAGAGCACCAUGGGAAAACCCCAGCGUCUGUAUUAG